AUGAAUCCACCGUCGGACGGAGAGGAGGAUCCUGCUGGAGAUUCACCCAAACCUUUGGAUCAGUACAUACGGGAAGGCCUGAAACAGCUGGAACAGCAAGAGCUUCUGUGCGACACAACUAUUGUGGCUAAAGGAGAACGAUUCCCCUGUCACAGGAUACUCCUGGCAGCUAUCAACCCCUACUUCCGAGCCAUGUUCUCCAACUCUUUCCGAGAGUCUCAGGACGGGGAGGUGCUUUUGCAGGACAUGGACCCCGCCAUCAUUCACAUGGUGGUGCAAUAUUACUACACGGAGGAAAUCGAACUCACGCCGGAGAUCGCGGAAAGCCUAUACGAAGCCGCCAGCCGCCUCCAGAUCCUUCCUUUGCUAGAGAGCUGCUCCAGCUACCUGUUGGAGCACCUCUGUCCGGAGAACUGCCUGAGCAUCUACCAGCUCGGCUACUCGCACAACGACCCCGCGCUCUUCCAGGAGGCCAAGAGCCUGGUGCACGCCCACUUCAAGCGCCUGUCCCAGGAGGCGCCCACUUUCCUCGACCUCAACCCCAGCACCUUGGAGAGCAUCUUGGCUUCCGACAACCUGCUCGUCUCCUCCGAGCUCCUGGUCUACCGGGCCGCGUGGCGCUGGGUCCAAGCCCAGAGCCCCCUCCGCCUGCCUUUCCUGGCCCGCCUGCUAGCCCAGGUGCGCUUCCCGCUGCUCACCCCGGAAGAGCUGCGCCAGGUGCAAGCCGAGCUCCUGCAACGACCCAAGGAACUGCGCCCGCGCUGGAGGCGCCUCAACCGGCAGGAGCGCCUGGCUCAGUGCGGGGGUCUCCGGCGGGGCAUGUUUAACACCUGCAUUGUCUGCGUGGACCUUUUCAACCUGGAAGGCCCCGAGCUGCGGACCAAGGAUUUCCAGGUGGGCUGCUACGACCCCCAAGCCGGCCUUUGGGAGAAGCUGCCGCUGCUGGAGAGACUCUACUGCGCGCGAUGCGUGGCGCUGCGCGACCGGCUUUUCGUCACGGGCGGCGUCCACACGGACGACACCUACUCCAACACGCUGCACGAGUACAGCCCCCUGCGCGGCCGCUGGAGCCGGCUGGAGCCCAUGUCGGUGGCGCGGGCCUCCCACGGCUUCCUCGCGUGGGGAGGCCGCCUCUUCGCGCUGGGCGGCUGGCGCAACUUCGAGGACUACCUCGACUCCGGGGAGAGCUACGACCUGGGCGAGCGGCGCUGGGCGCGCAUCGCCCGCCUGCCGCUGCCCCUCAGCCACUUCGCGGCGGCCGCGCUGCGUGGGCGGCUCUACCUGGUGGGGGGCGCAACAGAGUCGGUGGGCACAUGGUACGCAUCGCGCAAGGUCCUGAUCUACCAGGUGGGCGCCGACCAGUGGACUCAAGCCUUUCUCAGCAGCGGCGGCUACUGGGCGGGCGCCGUGGCCAUGAACGAGGGCAUCUACGUCGUGGGGGGCUACUUCCGCGGACGCGCGCGGCACCAGCAGCCCACGCGGGACCGGCGGCCUGAGCCGGAUGGCUUGCGCUGCACCCGGCGCUGCUUCUUCCUGGGCGCCGACGGGCGCGUGGACCGGCGCGUGACGGUGCCCUCUUUGCCCGUGGAGCUGGCCGGGGCGGGCGUGGUGCGCUGGAAGCAGCGGAUCUACGUGCUGGGCGGCGAGAACGUGGCGCUGGGGCGGCGGGCGGUGGGCGACAACGAGGAGGAGUAUUACAACACCGUCUACUACUGGGAGCAGGGCGCCCCCCGCUGGGUCCGCUGCCAGGAGCGGCUGCCCUUUGCCAACUGGGGAGUCAGCGGCUUCGGCUGCGCCGCCGUUAAGUUGCCCAAGAAGCCAAUCCUGGAGUUGUUCCGCAAGACGACCGUGGCACUUACGGGCCUGGAGGGGCCUGUCUGUUGA